UUAAUAAUUUUUGUGAAAUAGGAUGGCUGUUAAAAAAUGUUGUGUAGAAAACUGUAAUUCGUCUUCAACAAGAGCCGAAGAUGUUGGUGUAACAUAUCACAAGUUCCCUAAAGAUAAGGCAUUACGUGAAAAAUGGGUGUCAGUUACACAGUUCACACACACUAACACAGACCACUUUUCUUAUGUGUGCUCACGACACUUUUGUAAAAGCGAUUUUCAAAUAUAUCAGGACUCGAAAUAUGUCUUGAAGUCAGAUGCUGUACCAUCAAUAUUUGCCUGGAACAUGACAGAUGUUACAAAAGACACAAAAAUGGAGACGCAGGACUCCGCCAAAGAUGAAAAUGAAAAAUUAAACUUACCCAACACUAGUAAGGAGUCCGAGGUUGAAAAUGUAGAAGCUAUAAAGAAAUUCAUAGAAGAUCAAGAAAAGGAAAUUCAAGAAACAAAAGACAAAGCAAAAAGUGAAAUGGAACAAAAUAAGGAUAUUAUAGAAAAAAUGCAAGUGAUUGAACAAGGAGAUCCGAUAGUCAUAGCAACCAGUGUUAUGGACAUGAUCUUGAGUGAAUCAGAAGCUAAAAUAGCAAAUAAAAACAUGAAACCUAUAACGAAACAGAGUUUGAGUCCUAAAGAAAAAGGCAACAGUAUGGCCUUGUCAGUGGGUUCGAAAGUAGAAGUGAAAGAUUUUGGCGAAUUCUGGUACCCAGCUGAGAUUGUUGAAGUUGACUAUGAUGAGAUGGAGGUACUAGUGCACUAUAACACUGUAACUAAUAAACAUGAUGAAUGGAUAAGCGUGAGUAGCCCUCGGCUAAGGCCUAUGAGUGCAAAUACGUCUACUCCGUCCACAUCCUCUGCCAUUCAAGAACCACCCGAACCCCGUGAAACAGGGAAAGAAGAGAAACAAGAAGAAAAAACUAAAUUACAGUUUAUUGUCGGAGAAAGAUGUUUGGCACGUUGGAGGGAUAAUCGUAGAUUUGUUGCUACGAUUACUAACGAUUUAGGGAAUGGACAUUUCGAGGUUGUAUUUGACGAUGGUUUCGUAUGGAAGUGCAGUACAUCGAGGCUGUAUAAAUUAAAAUCAUCGAGAAACGAUAGCUUAACAGUUGACACCUCCUUAUCUCCUACAGUAUCUACACCAUCACCGAUAUUAUCCGGUGGACCAAGUGCAUCUCCAACAAACCAGUUGUAUCCAAUAUUUCAUAACCACCUCUUUGAUCCCACCCGUGAUUAUUUAGGUACUAAAAGUGAACGACGGGAAAAAAAAAGGAAAUUAAAUAUAAAAGAGAUUUUCAAUAUUGGUCAGAAAAAGAAGAGGAAAAUUAAGUCACCAAAUGAGAAAGCUGAUAGAGUUCCAAGGGAAAAUAAAGUUAAGGUAUUUAAAAAGAAGCCUCAAUCAGUAAAAUCGGUGGAAGAGGAUAAAACUGAAGUUCAGGUGGAGAUACCUGAUGCAGUAGCGUCUAUCAUUGGUAUGGUUGCCAAAGAUGAACCUGAUGUAAAAAAGAAAGAAAAUGAUGAAAAAACUGUUACUGAAACUGAAAAUGAAAAAGUUCAAUCACCUGAAGAUGCUCAAUCUGACUCCAAAGAUGUUAAGAUAGAAAAAGAAACCGAGAAAGAGAUGAAAGAGGACUCGGGUGAUAUAAGUUCAGAUUUAGUUCAGCCUAGUGAUUUAGGUUUGGAGAGCCCUACUUCAUAUGUGGAAACUGCCAUAGAAGAGGAAAUGAAAUUAGAAAAUUUCGAAAAGCCAGACCAAAGUAAACAAGAGGAAAUUGAGAAAAUGAAAGAAGUCAUAAACAAACUUGAGGGUGGUUUGAAUCAAACGGAUACAAAUGUCGAUUCACCAAAACCUGCAACCAAAACCGAAACUAAAUCAGUAAGCGAAGUACAGGAUAUAGAUAAUGAGAAGAAAGGAAAGAAAGUAUCAAAAAUAAAGAAAACUAAGAAAUUGAGAUUGUUACAGGAAAAGAAAGUUAAGAAACAAGUGGAGAUAGUGCAAAAUGAACUUGAAGAAAUGAGAAAAGAAGUUGAGCAGAUGAAGGCAAUGAGAAAACAAGUUGAGGAGAUUAGGAAACAAAUUUUACUGAAAUCACAGGAAUUAUCGACUGAUAGGCCUAAUGAAAUGCCAGAAAGUUUUCUUUUACCGGGCGAGUGGUGUUGCAAGUGGGUUAAUGGUCAACCAGUUGGCAAUGUUAGUGAGAUCGAAGCUGAAGCAAAAGUUGAUGGCGGGAAGUUACCUCUGCUUCGGAGAAGUGUACAGGUUGAAGAUAAGAGAUUGCCUCCGGGCUGGACGAAGCACAUGGUUCGGCGGAGUUUAGGUCAAUCUGCUGGAAAAUGGGAUGUGGUUCUAGUUGGACCAGAUAACCGAAAAUUCCAUACAAAGACGGAUAUGCGCGCCUUCUUAGAACUCAAUAGAGACGAAAAUCUCAAACCUUACGAGUACGCUUUGUUAGAUUUCGGCGUUCAUCUCAAAUUGUCGAGACGCAUGGGUUGGGUCAGUAACACAGGUGAUGGGACGUUACCAGUGAGUGGUGUUAACGUUUUGUCGCCUCUGAUAAAGAGAAAGAAAAUAAGCCAUAAACGAAAAGAGGACAAGAAAGAGAGGAGACGUAAGAAGAAGAAGCCUUCUUUGGACGAUGAGCCCGGCACAAGUAGUCAAGCUGUUUUGGAUACAUCAGACAUAACCGAUGCAUCCUUUGAGGCUCCCACUUUGGAAGAUGGUUAUGUGUAUGUUGGAUCGCUAAAAGUACAAAUAAUCGAAAACUUACUUCGAUGUCCAGCCGAAGGUUGCUUUAAAAAUUUCAGAAAUAAUACGCUAUUACAAAUGCACAUAAAACAUUAUCACAGAGAAUUGAGGAAAAUGUUGGGUGCAACUCCUAAAGUACUAGAUUUGGCUAGAAAGAGAACCAAACCAACGGAUUUAGAACCGUCGAAGCCACGUCACGAACCAGAAUCCAAAAUAAUCAAAGUCAAAAUUCGAGCACCAAAACGUUCUGAAGAACCAAAAUUAGAAAUAAAACCGAAAUUAGAAGAACCGGUACCCGAACUGAAUAUUGAUUUACCGCUGGUUCCAACUAAAAUCGAUUCGCCUAUACCAAGGUCUCAAGAUUCGCCGAAACUACGUCAAGCACUUGCUAACAAACCGCUGAAAAGACCAAAAGUUUUGCUACCAGUUAGAAGGCCAGACCCUGAACCGAUUGUAGAGAAAAAAGAAGAACCAAAUCUCGAAUACGAUGAUAGUACAAUUGAAACUGUGUAUGAACCGCCAUUUGAAGCUUUAGAUUUCGAAGCAGAAAUUUCCACUCACACGGUUCAAAAACCUUUGGAUGAUAUUAGGAAGAUAACGGAAAAGAAACGUAAAUGUUUCUCGACUAUAUCAAAGAAACCGUUAAGUGAAGAUGAUGAAUGGUACGCUAAUUCUGAUAUGGAGACAAGGUCUAGCUUUCCAGGUUCAGGUACACCUGAUUCUAAGACUAUGGACAAAGGGAUGUGUAACCAGCAAAUUAUGUCCUCUGAGUCCAAUAAUGAAGAUCAGAAAGAUAGCAACAUGUAUAUAUACACAGAAACCGGUGAGCGCAUUAAAAUAGAGCACAUGAAACGUGAAGAAAUAAUUAAUUGUCAUUGUGGUUACCGAGAGGAAGAUGGUCUUAUGGUACAGUGUGAGCUCUGUCUAUGUUGGCAACAUGCUCUCUGCCAUAACAUACACCAUGAAACUGAGGUCCCUGAAAAGUACACAUGUAGUAUUUGCCUCAAUCCUCGACGUGGUCGCCGAUCGAAAAGAUUUUUGCAUGACCAAGAUCGGUUAUACGAAGGUCUGCUGCCGGGGGCGAAGCCCUGCGAAUCCCUUCGUAGGUCGCAUGAGUUGUCUGGCAAUUUGCUCAGGAUUCAAGAUGCCCUGCAUGCUUUAAGGGUUAAAUACUAUGUAGCUACUAAAAAAGAUCAUCCAAAGCUAUAUCUAUGGGCCAAAGAUUGGGAGAACGCUGAAACAACCUUCACUCAAGAGCGAUUAAACUCUGAUUACUCAGAUCUAAAUAUCAAAUAUAUAAAUAACAUAGGCAAGGAAAACCUACCAGUAAAGCCAGAGGAAGUAAAAGAUGCGAGCUUAGAUAUGAGAAUACCGAUAAUUGAAGAGACAGAUCAAGAUAGGUUUAUUCAGAAUCCUAAUUCCUUGUUAAAUUUGACAACUGCCUUGUCCAGUUCCAGCGGUGGGCCAUCUUUGGAUUUACCGAUAACAACAUCAGAGUUGGAAAGGUUGGCGAAAUCUGUUCAAGAACAAGAAGUUCACACGAAUAUGAUAGUGCCUCAACCCGAAGCGGCCAUUGAGAACAGUGCUUGCAGGGAAAGACUUCUGAAACACAUUCAACGCUGUCAAGCUCUUAUCGACGCGAGAUUAGACUCCAUCGAUGCUCAAGUUGCUGAGCUUGAAUCUCAGGAUCCAUCAUUCGAAGAUGAUGAAACAGCAGAUUACUUCCCUCGGACCAAACAAACCAUACAAAUGCUCAUGCGUGACCUUGAAACUAUGGAAGAGCUUGGAGUUAUCACAUAAAUAUAUUAAACAUCUUAGGGGUCGUCCAUUAAACACAUGAGGUGUUUUUUGGGUCCCUGGGAGGGUAGUUUAAAACCUUACCAAAUAUCCCCAAGGGAAAGAUGGGGGGGGGGGGGGGGGGAAGGGAUUAAAAAGUUUCUAAAAUCCAUCACAUGUUUAAUGGUUGACCCUUUAUAUCUAAUGUAUUAUUGUUCUUGUUCAGUACACUAUUUCACUAUUAUAGUAAUUGGUAUUGUAUAAUAAGUAUGUAAUAUGCACUUUAAAAAAUAAAUUCACUUUAUCGUGACCACGCCCCAGUGUACAUGAAAAAAAGUAAUAAUUGUACACUAUCUCACUGUGUUUUUUUCAAUGUAUAGUGCUUUAACAAAAGAUAACUUGUUUUGAACUAAUCUUUGUAUAAUACUUGUUACUAUUAAAUAAUGAAUAUUAAUAAUAUAUGAAUUAUUUGCUACUAUUA